CACAGUCACUUUUCGCAAAGUAAAAGGGUCAUAAGAAAAGAGAGAGAGAGAGAGAGAGAGAGAGAGAGCAAAGAAACAUAUUUAAAGCUCUGUCUAGAGAGAGAGAAAGUACGUCAGUCCUCUGAAGUGAUUUGCAGAGAGAAAAGAGCGUGGUUCUUCUGAAAACCCUAGACCUCCGUUUCAGGCCGCCUUCUCUUUCUGCCCUCACAUGGUUUGUAUGCUUUAGAUCUGCAGAUGCUUUUACACUUUCUCUCAUUUAUGUGGAUUUCUUAGAGACAAGGGAAAAAAAAACUGGCAUUUCUAGGGCUUAUCGGUGAGAAUUGUAAGUGCUUUGUAUCUUUGUAAUCGAAGCCAAAACGUGGUGUGUUUGUUUGUUCUUUUUUUGACGGAAUUGAAGUUGGAUCAACAGCAAAAAGACAGAUUUUUGUUGGGCCACUGAUCAAUCCUUGUACAUGGGCUUGUAAAUUGGAAGGGAGGAGAUUUUGGAGAGAAAGACUUAGUUUUGCAGAAAGAUCAGAUUUGUGUAAUUGGGUUGCCACAAACCCUAGAGGUCUGAGUUUGAUUGCUUUGGUGAAUUUUGGUACUAGUAAUUUGCACUGGAGUGGUUAGGGGUACCGGGACGAGGAGGGAUGUCGUCCUUAAGUAGGGAGCUGGUUUUCUUGAUCUUACAGUUCUUAGAUGAGGAGAAGUUCAAGGAAACAGUCCACAAGUUGGAACAAGAGUCCGGUUUCUUCUUCAAUAUGAAAUACUUUGAGGAUCAAGUCCAAGCAGGUGAAUGGGAUGAAGUGGAACGCUAUUUAUGCGGCUUCACAAAGGUUGAGGAUAACCGGUACUCAAUGAAGAUUUUCUUCGAAAUACGGAAACAAAAGUACUUGGAAGCUCUUGAUCGACAGGAUCGCGCAAAAGCUGUUGAGACUCUGGUGAAAGAUCUCAAGGUGUUUGCGUCUUUCAAUGAAGAAUUGUUUAAGGAGAUCACCCAACUACUUACUCUUGACAAUUUUAGGCAGAAUGAGCAGCUUUCUAAAUACGGGGACACAAAGUCGGCACGAAAUAUUAUGCUCAUUGAAUUAAAGAAGCUUAUAGAGGCAAAUCCAUUAUUUCGUGACAAACUUACAUUUCCAGCCUUCAAGGCUUCAAGAUUGCGGACAUUGAUUAAUCAGAGUCUCAACUGGCAGCAUCAACUGUGCAAGAACCCCCGCCCAAACCCUGACAUCAAAACACUUUUUACUGAUCACACUUGUGCAACUAGUAACGGAAAUGCCCGAGCUCCUCCACCCACUAAUAGCCCUCUCGUCGGACCUGUUCCUAUGGCUGGGGCUUUUCCUCCUAUUGGAGCCCAUAAUCCAUUUCAGCCCGUAGUUUCUCCAUCUGCUAGUGCUAUAGCAGGAUGGAUGUCAAAUGCUAACCUUUCCAUGCCUCACGCUGCCGUUGCAGGCGGUCCCCCCGGUCUUGUGCAGCCUCCAGGUGCAGCCGCAUUCCUCAAACACCCAAGGACUCCUCCAGGUGCUCUUGGGAUGGAUUAUCAAAUGGCAGAUUCAGAACAUCUGAUGAAACGCAUUAGACCUGGCCAACCUGAUGAGGUGUCCUUUCUUGGUUCAACUCCUCCCAACAAUUAUUUGCCAGACGAUCUUCCAAAAAAUGUUUUAAGGAACCUUACUCAAGGAUCUAAUGUGAUGAGCAUGGACUUUCAUCCACAACAGCAGACCGUUCUUCUAGUUGGCACAAAUGUUGGUGAUAUUAGCAUUUGGGAAGUUGGAUCUCGAGAAAGGUUAGCUCACAAACCCUUCAAGGUUUGGGAUAUAUCAGCUUGUUCAAUGCCAUUGCAGACAAUUUUGGCGAAAGAUGCCACGAUAUCUGUAAAUCGAUGCAUUUGGGGCCCAGAUGGAUCUAUACUCGGUGUUGCUUUUUCGAAACACAUUGUCCAGACAUAUACAUACAAUUCAGGGGGAGAAUUAAGACAGCAUUUAGAAAUUGAUGCUCAUAGUGGUGGUGUUAAUGAUAUUGCAUUUGCUCAUCCUAAUAAGCAACUAUGUAUUGUCACGUGUGGUGAUGACAAGACAAUCAAGGUGUGGGAUGCUGUAGCUGGACGCAGGCAGCAUACAUUUGAAGGCCAUGAAGCUCCUGUAUAUUCUGUCUGCCCCCACUAUAAAGAGAAUAUUCAGUUCAUUUUCUCUACUGCCAUUGAUGGGAAAAUUAAAGCAUGGCUCUAUGAUUGCUUGGGAUCGAGGGUGGAUUAUGAUGCCCCCGGACAUUGGUGCACCACAAUGGCAUAUAGUGCAGAUGGAAACAGACUUUUCUCUUGUGGAACAAGCAAAGAGGGUGAAUCUCACCUGGUUGAGUGGAACGAGAGUGAAGGAGCUAUUAAGAGGACAUAUUCCGGUUUUAGAAAGCGUUCUUUAGGUGUUGUGCAGUUUGACACGACAAAGAACCGUUUCUUAGCUGCUGGUGAUGAUUUCCAGAUAAAGUUUUGGGAUAUGGAUAAUACCAACAUACUAACAAUUACUGAUGGGGAUGGUGGAUUGCCUGCAAGUCCUCGACUAAGGUUUAACAAGGAAGGCUCAUUGCUGGCUGUUACAACAAACGAUAACGGUAUCAAGAUUUUAGCGAAUACUGAUGGGCACCGGAUGCUGCGAAUGCUAGAGAGUAGGGCAUUUGAGGGGUCACGAGGUUUUUCCGAAGCCAUCAACAUUAAACCUCCAAUAGCCGGUGCAUCGGGCCCCACUACCAAUGUUUCUGGCCCUAUUGUUCCCACGCAAGAACGUUCUGAUAGAAUCCAACCUCCCAUAUCCAUUGGCACUCUUGCUAAUGUCGAAAGCAGCAGGGCAGCUGAUGUCAAACCAAGGACUUCUGAUAGUGUUGACAAUACUAAAAGCUGGAAAUUCCCUGAUAUUGUUGACCCAGCUCAACUAAAGGCUUUACGGUUGCCUGACCCGUUGACCGCGAGCAAGGUUGUGCGACUGCUGUACACCAAUUCUGGGGUAGCUUUGCUUGCACUUGCCUCCAAUGCUGUUCAUAAGCUCUGGAAAUGGCAGCGUGGUGAACGCAAUCCAUCUGGGAAGUCUACUGCCUCAAUUGUCCCAAUGCUUUGGCAACCUUCAACAGGAGCGCUAUUGACGAAUAAUUUGAUUGGUGCUAAACUAGGCGAAGAAUCAGCUGCAUGCAUUGCGUUAUCAAAAAACGAUUCAUAUGUCAUGUCCGCAUCAGGUGGGAAGGUCUCUUUGUUCAACAUGAUGACUUUUAAGGUUAUGACAACUUUCAUGGCUCCACCACCUGCAGCAACCUAUUUAGCUUUCCAUCCUCAAGACAAUAAUAUCAUUGCCAUAGGAACUGAUGAUUCUACCAUUCAAAUAUACAACGUUCGGGUUGACGAGGUGAAAACUAAGCUCAAGGGUCACCAGAAAGAAAUCACGGGGCUGGCAUUUUCCCGGACUCUGAACGUACUGGUAUCAUCUGGGGCUGAUGCGCAGCUAUGCGUCUGGAACAUUGAUGGAUGGGAAAAGAGGAAAGCAAGGCCCAUACAAGCACCACCUGGCCACCCAUCUCCCCUGGUUGGAGAAACUAAAGUCCAAUUCAACAAUGACCAAACCCAUAUUUUAGUUGUCCAUGAAAGCCAAAUCGCUAUUUAUGAUAUCCAGCUGGAAUGCUCGCGAUCAUGGUAUCCUAGAGAAUCACUCUCUGCUGCCAUUACAAGUGCAAUAUAUUCGUGUGAUGGUUUGCUGGUCUUCACUGGAUUUUCUGAUGGAGCUAUUGGAGUUUUUGAUGCAGACAGUUUCAGGCUUCGAUGCCGGAUAGCACCAUCUGCUUAUAUAUCUUCAUCGAUUGCCAGUAGCACCUUUCCUGUGGUGAUUGCGGCACACCCAUCAGAACCUAACCAAAUGGCUCUUGGAAUGAGUGAUGGUGCAGUCCAUGUGAUCGAACCAUCUGAUGCAGAGCCAAAGUGGGGUGGAACAGUGCCUCAAGAAAAUGGGGCCCUGCCUUCCGUCCCCUCAAAUUCAGCUUUGAAUAGUCAGGCAUCCGAAACCCCUUCUAGGUGAGAGACGUCAUAAGACUCGUAACAGGUUCUUGAUGAAGCUGUGGCAUUGCAAUCACAAUUUACUUUGUGCUACCUUGUAAAUGUUUUGUAUCUAUUGACGAAUUCCGGGGGGAGUCUACACAUCAUUUGGCCAUCACAUGUUUUGGUGUUAAGGCCAUUUUUAUUGUACUGUCUAAGAUGUAGAAUGCGUAAUUAUCUAGUUCUUGCUUUCAGUUAACGGAAGGUGGUAUCUUCUAA